GGACGUAAGGAGCUGAACUUCUACAGAGUCGAUAGUGUCCAUGCAGGCUGAGGAUUGGAUUUACCCAGAAGCAAUGCAAGUGUUGCUCUUAUAAUUUGACACACAAAAAUCAGGAUCUUUCUUUUCUUACAUACUAAUAUAGCAUCGUUUUCCAGAAUUGGAUUUUUUUUUGGAGGGAUGGAAUUACCUAACAUGUAGUUGGUAAUGGAAAUUCCCAUCCUCCUCCUCCUACCACCCCCUUGAUGUGACGAUUUGUCACCUCCCUCCUCCAGCCAAGAUGUUUUGAAGAAGCCAGUAUUUUGAGGCAAACGGAUAACUGCAGUAAAUGCCACUGUAUUGCAGCAUAUCCUUCUUUUAUGGCAGCCAAGCUGUGCUGGCAGGAAGCAGUGUGUAGAUGUUCAGAAGAAGACUCUUGCUGUAACACAUCUAAUUUUGUCCCAGGUCCGAAAUGGAUUCCUUCGAGGGGUGGUUAUAUGCUGUCACGUAAUAAGUGGUGGUGAAACAUUUAUAAAUGAGUGCAUCUUUCCUACUGCUGUUUUCGAGAGCAGUGAAGUGAUGGAGCUGCUCCCAAACCUGACGCUGAACAUUGGCAUGUUUUGUUUAUCUUGAACUCUUUCUUCAGUUGCUCAGUAAGCUUCAGCUGCAUGGACUCCUGGAGACGCAUAUUCCCCUGGAGACCCACUGCUUGAAUUCUUACCUGACACUAACAUAUGGUUCCUCCCCAAUGCUUUCCUGCUUUUUCACAGCAGACCUCCAAGUCCUCCCUCAAAAACAUCAAGAAGUUAUCUUGUAUUUCUACAGGAACUUUUCUUGCUUUUUAGUGCAGUGGAAGAAACUCAAAACAUUUAGCAAGGGUCUGUCCCAAUGACUUUAUUUUUCUUUAGGAUAAUUUGGGAAUGUUUGGGCAUUCGAGCACAUCCUGAGCAGGACAUGCUCCUCUCUUUGGUAUGAAGAGGAUGUGCUGUUGGGGAGGGCACGCAGGGGAGGUGGCUGGGGUGGCAGCUCCCUACUGCUGUCUGCUGUUAGAAGUUCCCCAACCCCAGGCAGGUCCCAGUGGUUGCCCUAGCGGGGGAAAGGAUGGUGACAGUGUCUGCAACAGCCCUGCUCUUCUGUGGGCCAUUACCUUGCCUCCCGGCUGGGCUGUGUCUGAGCGCACAGUGCCUCUUUCUGCCCUGCGUAGCUGCACUCACAUGAGCAUGGUGUGGCUGACAUCGCCUGCCUGUGGAAUAGCAAACAUUUUUCCUUUUCCUCUUUUUAUGCAAAGAAAACUAAUUCUUUCCUGUGCCGAUCUCCACAUUGUGGAAGUGCUGUGUGAAGGAGCCUGCUGCCUGCAGGGCCCAAACCCAACAGUGAGCCCAGCCUUUAGUUCUGUGUCCUCUCAGCAUGCCCUGGCAUGGCUUCUCGCUUUGCCUGCCUGUAGAAGGGGGCAAACACCAGGAGCUUUGGUGUUUGGAAGUGCUUUGCCACAAUGGCAGUGCUGCAGUGCAGUCCCAUCUUCUCCUCUUCCCAUUUGUUGUUUAUGCUGCAUCUGAGAUGAGUAUCUUAUGCUUUUCCUGUAGAUAAUAAUAGAAUCCUGUCUCAACCAUUACAGGGUUGGGUUCUUCUUUCAGGAAGAUGUGGCAAGCAAAAAAUAAACGUGACUGUUGUAAAGCAUGUGUGACGGUACAGACCUGAGGGCAGGAGAGCAGUGGUCUGCAGUCAGGUGGGAAUGUAAAGCAGCAGCGGUGCUCUUGGAGGACCUCUCUUUCCCUUAGCUGUGUCCUGCUCAUGGGCUGCCCAGUAAGAUCACCUCAGUGCCAGCUUUUCAGUUCACAAAGAGCCUGUCUUUGCUUCCUAGUGGCAAAAAGCCAUGGUUGUGUUGCUGAUAAACUGUGGCAAUAACAGGUGUAGGAGUUGCCAUAUGGGUUGAUAAGGUUCUGUCAUUGAUCUGAUCAAUCUUUGGCCUUCUGUCACCUCUCUUUUCAAAAUAAGCGUUGUCACUUGUUUAUGCCACUUCAUGCUGUUGUGUCUCUGUCAGUACGGAAAAUUGAUCUGCCUGCUUUGAUAAAGGAAACACACUGCAUUUGGUUUGGAGUCUAAAUUGAGAAGCCCUAUUGAUCUCUCUUGUUGGCCAGAGCUGAUGAGGCAACUGUUUUUGUUUUGAUGCAGUGCUUAUGGGAAUGCUGACCUGUCACUCUGAAUGUUCCUGGAAAUUUGUAGGAAUGAAGAUGGAUGGAUUUACAAAUCAACACCUGUAAGGAGUUUGCAGUCUAUUGAAUUGCCAUGUGUUAAUUGGACUAUGAGCUGGGACAGAGCCCUCUUGCAUUUUUUUUUCCCCACUUGACGCUGAAGUGUGGCUGUUGCAAAGUAAUAGGGAAGCGUGUGUAGAGGGGAAACUCCCCAGAGGGGUUCUGGUAUUUCUGCAUUUAAUUCCACUGCUGCAGUGAGACACACGGCUUGGUCCUUUUUUCCCCGUUUCCUUCUCAUAUUCAUUCAUUUACUUCAGGCCUAUAGGUCUUAUUUUUGUCAGCACAGACUACACAAUCUGACUCUGCUGUUUACAGGAUUCCUGUCUGCCAUGCAUUUUCAUUAUCUCAUGGCUUUGCUGUGCUGCAGACUUCCGAAGCAAUGAAGAUGUAUUGGCUCCUUUCUGCCUCGGCCUGUCUGUGUCCGUGAUGUUUUGGAAGCAAGACCAACGUUUCCUGGAGCCUCCUUUAUCUCUUGUUGUUCUGUCUCGUGAAAAAUCCAUCCUCUUUUAUAUCUAUAUAAAUUUUGGCUGUCUUAUCCCAUGAAAUGUGCUGGCAUUAAUCUCUAACCCGCAGUUACAAACAAGAUUUAUUCCCUCCUUGCCUGCAGAGUUUAGUCUUGCUUUAAAUGGGGCUCAUUUGGAUGUCAGCCUCUCGCACUGCCCCUCCAAGGCAAAGAUUGCCAGCUCUUGUACUAACCUAAAAUACAACUUUGGAACGAAGUGGUUUGAGUUGUCACUUACUUAGCACUAUUUCUUGCCUUUUGAUACGGUUGUGUUCGUGCAUCUUGUGUUUUCAACCGCUUUCAGUGAUACCUGGUAGCAAAAACUUCCUCCAAGAUAUCUUUGCAGCUCCUCUUGCUGCUCUGGAGGAAGUGGUCUGAGCCAGUGGAUGCAUUUGUGUUAACUUACCGACAUGUUAGGGGGAAACUUCAAGCUAGCACAGCUUGAAUUGCUUCUGACAGCAAUUGUAAUUGACAGCGGGAAUUUUUUAUUGACAAAGUGUCAAAAUCAGGGCAUUCAUGUUGCUGUCUUCUGAGGGGGGCGGCCAUGUGAACAGAACAGUGCUGACUGUCUUGCACUGAAAAGGACAUUGCUUGUGAUUUUCAGGUGUAGAUCAAGAGCUGGAAUAACUUUUCGUACAACAGAUUGACGAAGCACAGAAGAAUGCUGUGCUUGUGGGCCAAGGUUCACUCUGCAGUUUCUUCAGAUGCUGCAUUUUAAUUGUUUCUUGCUCUGUAUUUGGAAGAGAUUUUUUUUAUAUACUUUCUGAAAACGACAUGACAGUUAAGUGUCCUGUGUGCCUUUAUGCUUUUCCCUACUGGUUACGUGUAUUAAUUUUUCUUUUUAAUUAUCGUCCAAGUGUAUUUGCAGAUAUUUUGCAACGCUAAAGUAUCCACGCACCAAACAUGCAAAAGCAGCAGAAAGGGUUCCGUGCUGGUGCAUCUUGGAGACGCCUUUUCCCUGUGAUCUGUGAGGUCGAGGCCUGUCUUUUUACAUACUCUGUGUAGUUCUGUUUUGCUUCAGAGUCCGGAAACACGCUUGCCCUAGUGAUGCUUUUGUCUUGGCUGAAAUGUUAUCUGAUGCAAGGGGCGCUCCUGUCUGCUGGGCUGUAACGGAUACUUGCCUUCAGUGCGAUGUUGUUACCUGUUCUCAUCUCCUUCUGCUGUCAUCUGAGACACUGAGAUCCUGUGCUUGAAACGGGGGGAGAACCACCCCUGGGGAUCUUUCUUUUAGACAGACAUGAGGAAAGGCUGUGGGAGACUGCUGUUUUACGAUCUGCAUGCUGUUUCCUAGACAUUGUGCCUUUAAGAAAGAACUAAGCCUUUCUGCCUGGUGUCUGUGUGAAAUCGUGUUUACCCUACAGUGUUUAUUAAACCUGAGUUAAUUUUCCUCCUUGCUCCUUGGCUCCAGGAGCCGUGCCAGCGGCGCUGUGUGAUAGAUGGCAGCCUCCGAGCGCCGGGCUGUGGGCCAGCUUCCCUGGGCUGCCUCGCCGGUGGGCCUGGAGGCUGCUGUGUUGGGGGGCCUCAACAGCCCUGGAGUGAUGCUCUUGUUUAAAAAUGAUAAUUAGGAAGCCUUAACGAUUCUUCCUCUCUCUCCUUCCUGACUGAAGGGCUCUUGAAAUGAGGCAAUUAGCGCUGUGCUAUCUCAUGACUGCGUGUUACCUUUACUUUCGCAAGAUAAGCGGGAAUUGCAGCUGCUUCUCAGCCCGGUGAUGUUUUCAUCAGGACUGCCCUGUCUGAGGAGAGCGGUGCGAGUCGCCACUGCUGCUCCUCACAGCAAGGGUGGCCGUGGCCUGAUUGCCACCUAACCUGCGGGGAUGGGGCCGGCUCUUGGUUCGGAUCCCAACACUGCCUUGGCUUGAGUGUUCACAGACCUAGUUGGCAGGGAAACUUCACUAUCUGUCACAGUCCUGGACAAGUCUGGGAGAAGUUCCAUCUGUGCUGCCCACAGACAGGUUACCAGGGUGAGACCCAAGGGGUUGUUGGCCUGAAGUACCAGCAUCCAUUGGUAUCAAGAAGGUGCUCAGUAACUGAGUGUGUCUGACAGAUGUCUGCGCUGCUGUAAUUCUUCUGUUGCACAUCUUUCAGUAUCUCUGCUGUUGCUGGGCAUGGCUCCUCUGCCUUGGCUAUCCCAGGGGAUUCAUCUGCAGUCCUGAAAAGCACCAAAACAAAACAUGAAGGAGUACAAGAGCUGCCCUUGGCCCGACGGUAAAUCACUGGUCUGGGCUAUGAAGCAGUCAGUUUUUAGGAGAAAUGCCAUCCUCCUGGGAAGGUAAAAGUGAAAGUUUUUCCAACAGAUGAAGCACAACUGCACCGAGACCAUUUCUAUGGGUGGGGACAAACACCUACAGGAUGUGCAUCCACAUGUGAAUUAUAUUUACAUAACGUUCCACUUACACCAGCAGUGUUUCUUAACGUGACGUUGCAAGGCCGAGGCACUUGGGUUUGGUUCCUCUUUUUUGUUUUGCUUCCUAACAUAGACAAAAUUGUAUCAGUUGUACCAAAUUAUACCAGAUUUAGUUCUGCUGUAUUUUAGGUUGUUCAGUGGACAAUGCAGACUAAAAUUAAAAAGAAAGCCCCACAAAUAACAGGAAUUCUGAAAACCCUUCUAAGCUAGUCUCCACCAGGAAGCUUUUGUUAGGCAGUCACAUCAGCAGAACUAAAAGUGGAAUGUCAUCUUCCCUCUCUCUUAGCUUGCUGGUUCAAACACCAGAGGUUGUCUUGAGCUUCUUGCAAACUUUUAAUAUUCAGCCAAGUAUUACUCAGAGUAAAUAAGAACUGUCAGUUCUGUUGAAAAAAAGAUGUUGUUCUAUGGCUCUCUUCUCGGCUGCCUUGCUUACUUAGUUGCUUCCUUGCAGAACAAUCCGAUUAAAUGAAACUGCCCUCUAAGAGAAUUGCACCAGUGUAUGGCAUAAAUGGGAUUUCUUGAAAAUGAGAAAAAUUUUCUGGGAACCAUGCCGGGUCUUAGGCUAUAACAUCACCUAGGUGUAAGGUGCUUGCUUCCAGCUGAGGGACGUGAUUUACAUUGGUCACAGUAAGUGGAAACGGCAUUUUAGCUGUAUUUCCUUGUCCAUGUCAUGCUUUUCUAAGAAAUUACGCUCUCUUUGGAGUUGAGUUUUCUAUGAAGUAAUGUUCUUUUCAGUGAUAGGAAUGCUGAUCCAGAUCAACCAGUAAGCCCGAUGUGGCAGGUUUGUCUGUCAUCAGUACAGACUGGAUGCAAGCUGGUGUUCCGAAAGGGAGAAGCUUGGUGUUCUGUUAUGUCUUUUGUGCCUUCCCAAUUACUUUGUGAAAAUUAAUUUACAGUGUUUAGGAAAAGCCAUUUUACGUGACAGAUUUUGUCCAGAAUCUUUGUCUCUAUGGAGGAGGAGGCAUCAGCUGACACUCAGAGCUGACUCUGACUUGUCUCUUCCUUUUGAUGACUUCCAUGCAGUACAUAUGCUAGACAUUUUCCCUUUGGGAUUAAAUUAUAAAGUCUGUUCAAGCUGAAGUUGAGUGGGUUGGGGUUUUUACUUUGCCCAGCUGAAGGACAGCAUCGUGUCACUUACCCAUAUUGCUGCUAUUUGGUCUCUCAGACUGCCUUCUUUCCCUUUUCUUUGCACCUCCCACCCCGCAGCCAAUUUCCCUUGGACCUUUUAGGAAAUCUCAAGAAAAGCAGAGAGAGUCGCUGACACUGAAUAAACCAGGAUAAUGACAGGAAGAGGGCUGCUGUCCCAAAGCACAGACAGCUCUGCGCUGUGUUAGCAAAUGUCUUCAAGCUUUCUCUCUUCAGAGUACUUGAGGAAAUGUUUACAAGAAAUCUGUAUAUUGUUGCCAUCCAUUUAUGGCAGUUGUUUAUUUUUCAAGGCAAUCAAGUGAACAAAAUGUUGUUAUUAAAGCAUUUGUUAUAAAAGCAGAGGUCUUAAACCUGCUUUCUCUUGGACCCCACUGUUAGAACAUAUUUCAUGUUCCUGGCAGAAAUACGUUUCCACUUUUGCAGAGCUGAGCUCUGAGAGCAAAGUGGGAUCGCUUCAUCUUUGUGUCGAUGUCCAGAGCUUCAGCAGCACUCCAGUGCAGGGCUCAGCAAGCACUCUGCACUGCAGUUUCUCUCAUAAGCUAAAUUUAACUGGCUUCAACCCUUGCAAGAGAGGAUAUAUACAUAUAUUUUGCUCCAUAUCAGAGUUCCAAUGGGCAAACUCUGGCAGACUGCAGUAUGAGGAAUUCUUCCCUCUCUGCUGAAUGUUUUCAGGGCUGUCGCAGUUUUCUUGAACAUUUCACUGGUGGGUUUUGUCCCGAGACCAGUGGGAGCAGACAUGGCAUGUGCUUCGUCCUGGUGGCCCUGCAAGCACAGAGGGGCAGGUUGGGAGCUUGGAGCCAUUGGAACCUAACACAGCUCAAUCCUGCCCAGGCUGUUUCUGAACAGGGAGACAAAAUAACGUAAUACACAGGUGUUCAGACCUCUAGAGCUGUUUUAAGAGGCAGUGAAUAGGCAGAACCUGAAUUUUUGCAGGUCGCAGGGAGCUGAAGCAAGGUGACUUCCAGAACAGCCUCAGUGGUGUGUGACUGCUGCUCCAAGUCUCCAGGUUGGGGUGACAGACAGUGUGCUCCAUACAUCAAGUUCUGAGGGGCAGACAGGCAGUCUGAAUUGCAGCCAUGCAUUCUUCAGGCAAGGCGGAGGGUGUUGAUGGAUAAGAAAAACAUUUCAGGGUUUCCUAAAAAGGAAAAUUAUCUAAAAAACAAACAAACAAACAAACAAAAAAAACCAACAGCAACAAGAAAACAAAAAAAUAACAGUAAAUGUUAUCUAUUUCCAGGAGAUUUAUGUGGUGUCAAGUUUUAACGUUGAAAGAUUAUUUGACAGUAAAUAAAACAUAAUUAAAAUGCUGAAAAAGCAGUAAUAAUUCAUGCUUUCUGAAGCGAGGCAGCUACCUCCUGCCUUGUUUAGAAGGAGACUUUCUCCGUAGAUAGGGUUUGAUGAACAACACGUCUUUACAUCAUUUGGGAAAAAGAGCAGUUAGAAGUUCAUUCUGCUCACAGUAAGCGAGGGCAGUACAAAGACUGAUGGGGCCCAUUAAAAAUGAAUCAUUUCUGCUGGGGAAAAAAUGGCCUCACUGGGAGCGACAGCAAAGAAAAAGAGAUGCAGGAAAUGAGAGUGCAAAUUAGACAAAACUGGGUGAGAAAAUAUGUACACUGUGAAACCAGAGCAAAGGAAGAAGUACCCUGGAAUUGAUAUUUUUUUAUUGCAUCUUAUUGAAGAAUGAAUGGGUCCCUGAGAGUCUCUGAACAGCCCAGUGUCUUUGUGUUCCUGGUGUUAAUUUUUACCACUCGUUAGCUUGCUUUCUUCUUGAGGCCUUGUUAGUGGCUGCUUCAUUCAGUGACAUCUUUGGGGAAGGGGUCGGGAGGUGGUUUUUCCCCUAGCAGAGUGUUUGUCGCUGUGCCUUCUGUGUGACUGGGGGUGUUGGCUGGGGUUUGGUGUGACAGGGGACAGCAGCACGCUAGAAACUGGGCUGUCACUCAUCCAGCUGCUUUCCUCAGGGCUCACUCCCAACUAAGUAUGCGUUUUCAUGCAGCAGCAGGGGGUGAGGUGAGCAGUGGUGGCAGGGAGUAAGCACUAGCGAGAGGCUGGAAACUUGGCCUUUGGGGUUAGUGGUGGGCCUGUAGAUGUCAGUCCCAACGCGGUGAUGCCAUAUAGACUUGGGAGUGCCUGAUGCUCUGCUGACGUAAAUUCCUUUUUCGAGUGGAACUGAGAGUACAGAGGGAAGCACAAUGAUUUUUCCUAUCUUAUCAUUCUGUUUGCUCUGGUGCCUGGGAAUUCAUUCUCAGAACUUCUCACCAAUUCUUCAGUAAGUGCCAGUUUACUUGGGGAGUUUAAUAACGCGGUCACUCAGCAAAAAGUACUGGAGAAUUAUUUCAAGCACUUUGCAAGCCUUGAAAGCAAAAACCUGAAAACAAGUUCAGAAUGUAUGAAACCAUCCCCACGGUGAGGGUCAGUGUUACUUGAGAUUGGUAAUUCAGGGCAUAAUUCUUAUAAUUUUAGAAGCACGGAUUUAUUUUCUUGUUAUGUAUUUUGGAUAGUGCUAUAUACAGUGGUUUGAACUGAAGCGAUUGUGCUAAUUUCCAUAAAGCCAUCCUAUUGCUGUCACAUAAGCUUUCAAGCUGAGGUAUGUGACAGUUCUUUGUGAAUGUGCAAAAACUGGGCUGUGCUUCCUGAUAGCAGCGUGAGAGCUGCUGGGCAAGUUAACAUUGGUAAUUAACUGGGCAACUAACUUGUUGCAGUGGGCAGGUAGUCUUCCUCUUCUUUCUCUUCCUUGGAACAGACGAAUCUGUUUAGACUGACAUUGUAGUGGCAAGGUGAGCCCAUACUGCUGCCAGCAUAGCCAGGAGGGAAGCUGCAGCAAGUCAUGAAUAACUGGGGCCAUUUGUCUUCACUCUCACGCUUGGGAAAAUGGUAAAGAACACAGUAUUUGUAACACCUUGCUCUUUAGUGCUUGACAUUUUGUGGUGGUUAGCAAGCAUGUUUCCUCCCUAGGCCACUUGCUCUCCCAGCUAUCAUAACCUCCAGGAAGCCGUGCAGGAAGGGUCAGCUGGACCUGAAUGGGCAGGAGGGAAAGGAGCUGCACUCGGUCAGUAGGAAGGCCAGAACUGGUGGUGCGGGUGGAACGGUGCUGGACGUGGGCUGGCUUGGGGCUGUGCAUAACUGCACUCAUCCACUCUGUGUGGAGCCUGGCUGGAGGCUGAUGGGACAUCCGGCUCUGAUUGCUUCUCCCUUAUCUCCAUCAAGCACUGCUCAGCGGGCUUGGAGCGCAGGGUGACCAGCUUCUGCUCUCUUCGUACAGCAAACAGAAUGAAGCUGCAGUCAGAUGGCCCCUGGCACAAAAGUGCACAGAGCCUGCCAUGCGCUCAGUCGUUUCCUCCUACCAGGGCAAGCUGUGCCAUGUGGUGCUUCUGCCAUCUCAGGUGGGCUGCACUACUGGAGUCAGACACAGCCAUUCAGAAAUGGCAUUUGAUUUUUUUCUUGCUUCACACAAGCCUGCCUGAAGUAUCUCCUGAGGCUUUUCUCGAAAACUGUGUCAGAGCAGCAGGUUAGCCAGUGACAGCUCUGUCUGCAGAGUUGAAACGUAGCACAGUGACAGUGCAGCAUCUUUCUAAGGUGCCCUCAAUUAGAAAUGUCUUGCUCUUGGUUUGCUGAGCUCCAUUCAAAUAUCUGAUGUCACUCAGUGUGUUGUGGUUUUUUUUUAUUCCUUCUUUAGUAGAGACAUAAGAAAUAUUAAAGUCAGAAAUGCUGAAGUGCCUGUAGGACUCAAAAAGCUUUGGGGACCAGGAAACUGGUGUUAGAUGCAUCAGAAAUGUAUCCCCUCCAUGAUCUACGUGCUGCUGUGGUGUGGAGGGAGAUGAAAGAUUUCCUGUUUCACUCUGCUCUUACUGCUUUAUGCGUUUGACCUCCUCUCUUGACAGGAUGUCCAACUUAGAAGUCUGAAUUAGUUUAUACGUGAGGCCAGUGAGGAUCCCGACUGCCCUCCUGGGGACAUCUGUGCAGAGGCGGGGGGCUGCAGGACCAGCACUGUGCUGACUUCAGCCUGGCUGGCUGUGAGCUCUGGGCUAUAGCCCCAGGUAUGGGGUGGCAGAGGGCAGCUCUCCAGCUCAACUUUCAGUUUAACUUGGGUCAUUUUGGAACUGCUGGAUCUGUCACCAUCAGAUCCUUCAUGCUUGGCAGAUCUUGAGCUGGUUUCUGAACUGCAACCAAUUCGGAAAGCAUUUUCAAUUUCCAUUUCAUUUGUUUGGCCUGGCUACCUCACGCUGCAUUCAUCAGCAAAGGUUAAUUUUUACAUUCUUAAUUCUUUUUUUCCUGUCAGCUUUAGCAAUUUGGUUGAUGAUGAGUAUGAGGAUAUUAGGAUAUGUUGAACCAAGCUAAUCUGUUUUAGAUUCAGAGCAGAAUCUCUGUGCUUGUGCUGCUGAGCAGAGGACGAGGCAAAAUGUGAGCAUGCAGAUCAGUCAGUAACAACGUGUUGUUACUCUGCUGUUAGUGGAAACAACACUGUAAUUGGCCUCAGGAGUCAAACAUUUUUAAUUUGAAUUUUAUACUAGCUGGGCAGAAGGUGAAUGUGGGAGAUGAAAAUCUGCAGAGGAUUCUACCAGUUUAUGGAAAUUGUGAUAGCUGAUGACAGUCUCCUUCAAGAGCACAGUCAGCUCCACGACCCUCCAAGAGAAAUCAGGGGACACAAACACUCGUGUUUAAUUUCUUUGAAUUGUGUUUGAUGCAUGCUAAGUAGAAUAAAGUUAGUUUGGGGGGUUUGCUGGGAGUGGAUACAAGAUGGGCAGUUGGGACGGCGUGUGGGUGCAGUAGGACAAGCUGCCUUGCAGGGGGCACUGUGUGUGACCUGCAGCACAGGAGGAAGUCACCUGAGCACCAGAAGACCAGAUUGAAGACAAAAUAUGGGAGCAUGUGAAUUCAUGCUGCAAAUUGCAUCCUUCCUGAGCAGAACCUCAUUGUGUGAGCUCAUGGGAAGAGAACCACAGCUGUAAUUACCUCCUGAUGAUUGAACCAAAUGGGGUCUGAAGGUCUGUUAGGGCUGCCAUUAUCACUGUGUUUCUCUCCAGACACUUUCCUCCCCUUGAACUUCUGUGAUAUACGCAUUUUUUAUUGAUUUCAGCUGAAAUAUCCCUAGCACCAUGUGGCACACCAUUUAAAUUAGCUGCCCCUGCAUGAUGUAAUACCCAGCUGGAAGGCUGCGCUGCCCGUGUUCUUUGCUUUCUUUUGACAUUGCACUCUGCUGUAGCUUACUGGUUUUCGGUUCAGCUUUGUAUUUAUGUCAGUGUGGUGUGAACUUCCUCCGGGCUCUCUCGCUUUCAUAUGCUCAACCCCUUGCCUACUGAAGCCUGCAAAAAACGAUAACAGACUUUCUGUUAUCACUGGAUUAGAUUUGUUUUUGAAGUGAACUUCUGCAGCUCAUGCACUGUAACCCUGCAUUAGCUUUAAUGGAGCAGGCCUCCACUGGUCCAAGCUAUUUUCAGCGGUGAUCCAGAGGAGAUACGGAUGUUGAUCUACAAAACUGAGGAUGUCAACGCCUUGGAUGCUGAGAAGCGAACUCCUCUUCACGUUGCAUCAUUUCUUGGGGAUGCAGACAUCAUUGAGCUUCUUAUUUUGUCAGGCGCUCGUGUUAAUGCCAAAGACAAUAUGUGGCUGACUCCUCUCCAUCGAGCAGUUGCUUCAAGGAGUGAAGAAGCGGUGCAAGUACUGAUCAAGCACUCAGCUGAUGUCAAUGCUCGGGACAAAAACUGGCAGACCCCGUUGCACGUGGCAGCCGCAAACAAGGCAUUAAAGUGUGCAGAAAUUAUCAUUCCCAUGCUGAGCAGCGUCAAUGUCUCUGACCGAGGCGGGAGGACGGCGUUGCAUCAUGCAGCUCUGAAUGGCCACGUCGAGAUGGUGAACUUGCUCUUAGCCAAGGGCGCAAACAUCAAUGCUUUUGACAAAAAGGACAGAAGAGCUCUUCACUGGGCUGCAUACAUGGGUCACCUGGAAGUUGUUGCCUUACUGAUUAAUCAUGGUGCAGAGGUGACUUGUAAAGACAAGAAGGGUUACACCCCACUUCAUGCAGCUUCAUCCAAUGGGCAGAUUAACAUUGUGAAACACCUCCUUAACCUGGGAGUAGAGAUCGAUGAAAUGAAUAUCUAUGGAAAUACUGCGCUUCAUAUUGCCUGUUACAAUGGUCAGGAUUCUGUUGUUAAUGAGCUGAUUGACUAUGGUGCUAAUGUAAAUCAGCCCAAUAAUAAUGGAUUCACUCCCUUGCAUUUUGCUGCUGCCUCCACUCAUGGAGCACUGUGUCUUGAACUACUAGUGAAUAAUGGGGCAGAUGUUAACAUUCAGAGUAAGGAUGGAAAGAGCCCACUGCACAUGACAGCUGUCCACGGGAGGUUCACACGGUCACAGACCCUCAUUCAGAAUGGAGGGGAAAUUGACUGUGUUGAUAAGGAUGGUAACACCCCACUGCACGUGGCUGCAAGAUAUGGACAUGAGCUAUUGAUCAACACCCUCAUAACCAGCGGAGCUGAUACUGCCAAGUGUGGCAUCCACAACAUGUUUCCUCUUCACCUAGCAGCACUGAAUGCUCACUCAGAUUGCUGUAGGAAAUUGUUGUCCUCAGGACAAAAGUAUAGCAUAGUGUCCUUGUUUAGUAAUGAGCACGUGCUGUCUGCAGGCUUUGAAAUAGACACCCCUGAUAGUUUUGGAAGAACGUGCCUCCACGCUGCCGCUGCAGGAGGUAAUGUUGAAUGUAUAAAACUCUUGCAAAGCAGUGGAGCAGAUUUUAAUAAGAAGGACAAACGUGGGAGGACACCUUUGCACUACGCAGCUGCAAAUUGUCAUUUCCACUGUAUUGAGACACUGGUGACCACAGGAGCCAAUAUUAAUGAAACAGAUGACUGGGGACGCACCCCUUUGCACUAUGCUGCUGCUUCUGACAUGGACCGAAAAAAGAAUAUUUUAGGUAACUCCCAUGAAAAUGCUGAAGAACUUGAAAGAACCAGUGAAAUGAAGGAAAAAGAAGCUGCAUUGUGUCUGGAGUUCCUUCUACAGAACGAUGCCAAUCCAUCCAUCCAAGACAAAGAGGGCUACAACACUGUGCAUUACGCUGCUGCAUACGGACACCGGCAGUGUUUGGAACUGCUUCUGGAAAAAAACAGCAAUAUGUUUGAGGAAUCGGAUUCUUCAGCUACGAAAAGUCCUUUGCAUUUAGCUGCCUAUAAUGGUCAUCAUCAAGCCUUGGAGGUGCUACUCCAAUCUCUGGUAGAUCUAGAUAUUAAGGAUGAGAAAGGACGCACUGCUUUGGACCUGGCUGCAUUUAAAGGGCAUGCGGAGUGCGUGGAAGCUCUCAUCAGCCAGGGUGCUUCUGUCACUGUAAAAGACAAUGUCACCAAAAGGACUCCCCUGCAUGCUUCAGUCAUUAAUGGUCAUACGCCUUGUUUACGGCUGUUGCUAGAAGUUGCAGACAACCCUGAUGUGACGGAUGCCAAAGGACAAACUCCACUAAUGCUUGCAGUGGCAUAUGGACACAUUGAUGCUGUUUCCUUAUUACUUGAAAAAGAAGCAUCUGUAGAUGCAGCAGAUCUCCUGGGAUGCACAGCUUUACAUCGAGGGAUUAUGACUGGGCAUGAAGAGUGCGUUCAGAUGCUUUUGGAGAAAGAAGUAUCUAUUUUAUGUAAAGAUGCUAGAGGUAGAACACCUCUGCACUUCGCAGCAGCUCGGGGUCAUGCCACUUGGCUGAGUGAAUUACUGCAGAUUGCACUUUCAGAGGAAGACUGCAGUUUAAAGGAUAAUCAAGGUUAUACACCACUGCACUGGGCUUGUUACAAUGGUCAUGAAAACUGCAUAGAGGUACUAUUGGAACAGAAAUUUUUCCGCAAAUUCUAUGGUAAUAGCUUCUCUCCGUUGCACUGUGCUGUAAUCAACGAUCAUGAAAACUGUGCAUCAAUGCUCAUCGGAGCCAUCGAUGCCAGCAUUGUCAAUUGCAAAGAUGACAAAGGAAGGACGCCCCUUCACGCAGCAGCCUUCGCGGACCACGUGGAGUGCCUCCAGCUCCUCCUGAGUCACAGCGCUCAAGUGAAUGCUGUGGAUCAUGCAGGGAAAACAGCUCUCAUGAUGGCAGCUCAGAACGGUCAUGUUGGUGCUGUUGAUUUUUUGGUGAACAUUGCCAAGGCUGACCUGACAUUAAGAGAUAAGGACUCGAAUACAUCUUUGCACUUGGCUAGCAGUAAAGGUCAUGAAAAAUGUGCCUUGUUAAUACUUGACAAGAUACAAGAGCAGAGCCUUAUUAAUGCAAAAAAUAAUUCAUUGCAGACACCUCUCCAUAUUGCUGCACGUAACGGCUUAAAGAUGGUGGUUGAGGAGUUACUAGCGAAAGGGGCAUGUGUCCUAGCAGUAGAUGAAAAUGGUCAUACGCCAGCCCUGGCUUGCGCUCCUAACAAAGACGUGGCUGACUGCCUGGCACUCAUUUUGGCUACCAUGAUGCCUUUUUCUCCUUCCAGUUCAAUGACGGCUUUCAACUUCGCUUGUUAUAAAAAAGACAAUUUGGGCAGGACACAUCUCUGCGAUGGCUCCACUAUGGGUAGCAUUAACUCUUACAAUAAGCCCUUGAGUAAUAACAUAGGAACAGAGGAUGGGUACAAUGAAAAUGAUUCUGAUUCUGAAACAUUUUGACUUUUUGGUAUUCAAAAGCUUUUAUUUCGUUAUUAUUUCCUUUCAGCUGUUUUUUUUUUUUUUUUUUUUUUUUUUUGCCUUUUAAGACAGCUUAAAUCCCACUGCGAUAUUCUUAACUAUGACUCUUGACAAGUAGGUGUUGAAAGAUUUGCAGUGUUGAUGAGAAUUAAGCCUUUAAAUAACCAAGUUGGGGGCAUUUACUGGAACAUAUUCCCAUUACUGUUCUGUGGCUUUUCAGCUUCCUCGUGUUUGCUUUAGGCCCUAAGUGCCCCCGUGGAAAGUCUCUACCUCUAACUUCAAGUAUUUAAAAAAAAAAAAAGAGAGAGAGAGCGAAAGAAAAUGCCUUUUUUUUUCUCCUUUUUGACAGCACAAUUAAACAGGGAACUGUUUGUAAAAAGUACUUACGUGGUUUAGCUGUACACACGUUUCCAACGUAGCCUUCAUAGCAUCAUCCCUUUUCUCUAUUUGUCUGUUUCUUAGUUCCAGGGGCUCUAUAAUAAUUAGAUAUUUUUUUUUCACACAAACCAAAGGUAAAGUUGUAAAUCUUAAAACUGCCUGUAUUACUUUUUUACAGGAAAAGAAAUGUUUUACAUUCUGCAUGCAUUAAGCACUUAACAUACAGAAGGCACUUUUUUACAGUUAUUAGUUACGUCACACAAUUAGAAAAAUAUAAACUCCUAAGGCCAAAUUCUACUUGUCUUACCAUAUUUCCCACUGAUGUUAGUGGAACCAAUUGUGGAAAAUGGAAAUCACUUGGUCCUCCCCCCCCACCCCCAGUUCAGCACAAGCAUGAACAGUUGAUUUGCACUACAGAAUUGAGGAAUUAAGGUCAUUAGAAGUUUCUGUCACCUGAGCUGUUAGCCAGGAAUCUGGUGUCAGAACAGAAAUGAAUAAUCAGGUGUAGACAAAGGUGUACGUAAAGGUUUAUGAUGUCUUGCCAACUUGAAGGGAUUUUUUUUCUUUUCCUAUGCUUAAAUAACUUGUUUCUACUGUAGACAGUAUUGAUUUUUAAAAUACUUCUGCCACUGUUUGGAUUAACAGAACAAAGGUAAAGCAAUGAAAGCGUAACACCAAAAGUUGAAAUACCAAACAGGAGAAAACACAAAAAUGUCCCAGGCAGGGGAUCGGAGAUGCACGCUAAGAGCCUUUUGUCACCAGCUUUGAAAGCAGUGUCAGCUUUGUGAAUAUGUUUACUCCUUCUGCCAAAGUUUCUAGGUCAAAUGGACCCCGAACCUCUUCUGCAACAGAUGUACAAAAGGAAGAAUGAGACUUUAUAAACAAAACAAACAAAAGCCUAUCCAAACUAACCAGCUCUACCAAGAGGACCAAAAUGCUUCAGUGAAUAAAUGGAAGACUUUAUUGCUUUUAUUUUUUCUUCAAAUGUGAGUGACACGAUGAAGUAGCUUUUCUAAACCACAAAAAAUAUAAACUUUUGAGGUAAUGACUAGUCUUGAGUGAAUUUUACAUUUUAUGACACAGGUUUCAAGAUGACAUUUGUAACUAACAAUGUGUUGACCACAGGUUUGUUCUUUUUUGGUUGUUUUUUUUUUUUUCCAGGAUAAAGAAAAUGUUCAUAUGCUUUUAAUGUAAAUGUGUUUAUAUUUAUUUGAAAUGAAACAAAUGCCCAGGAAAAAUAACUAUAGCUUUUUCUCUAUGAUAGUAUUUGUGCAUAUUUUUCGGCAUAAUGCAAAAUGAAAUGUGAAUCUCAGCAAGAGUGAUGGCCUGAGUGGAAAGAAGGGGCUGAUGCACUUGAGAAGUGCGCCCAUCUUACCACAUGGAAUACGAAGAUGAAGUCCACAGGCUAUAUUGGUAAAAUGCAUCAUCAUUUAAGAGCAUCAGAAAGGGAUCCAAAAUACUGCUAGACAAGUGAGAGAACACUGUACAGCCAUGGGAAAGAGGAGAAGGGUAAUAUAGCAUAAAGGGAGAUGUUAAAAUGAUGUUUUCCCUUAACCUUGCCUUUUCUGUGGUAGUAUGGUAGAGCACCUGAAACUGUGGUUUUCUCCUCAGAAAUAGCACAGAAUAACAUUUUUAUGAUUGACUUCAUUCCAAGUUGUAGCUUGUAAAAGCUGCAGGAUAGCAAUAACCGCCUCACUUCAAGCACUGAAAAUCAGAGAUCAGUUGUUAGUUUUCAGUGGUGUCUGCUUAGAAAUGAAUGGAAAUCCCACAUUUUACUACUUCUGUUUCUGUGGAAGGAUGGCAUUUAAAAUGAACAAACAAAUGGGAAAUGGCUGCCACCUGCCUGCCAGGCAGCAUCUUCAUCUCUAAACAGAGAUGAAUUACAUUGAGAUUAAUAACCCUGAAAUGCAGAGAUACAUUAUCCUAUGUGAAAUCAUUUCUUUAGGAGAAAACCGGCCCUCUUCUCAAGGAGGAUGUUGUGUUAUCUCAAGCAGGCAUUCAAAAAGAAAAAAAAAAAAUCAGUAUUUUUACUUGCUACCAUACAGUUACUGAAAAUGUUCCUGUGUAUUUGCAGUACCUCCUAACUCUGGUGACAGGUAGUGCAAUAUCUGCUGCUGCUUACAAUGGAUGCAAUGUUACAGAAGCAUAGGUGAUUACUGAAUUAAUCUGAACCUCCUAGGAAUCAAAUCUAGACUGAAUUGAGAAAUGAUUUCUGUAACCUAGUGAUGCCGUAAGUACGCAGUAUUCCAGAAAUCAUGGGAAAGAAUGAUCUGUUAGCAUCUGAAGGGCACCGGGAAAGCCGUGUCCUGAGCAUGGUGUUCUGAGGGGCAGUGACAGGAGCGAGGCCCUUGGAUGUAUGCAGUAUGGGCCUGUCCCAGAUCUCACCUGAGUUGCCAGAAUCCCUCUUCAUGUAUGCCAGUACGUUCAGCUGUAAUAUAAUUUAUUGCUUGUAGAAGUGAAUUAGUUAUUUAGGGCAGGUAUUUGAGCAUUGGAAUAAUUUUACUCUUGUAAAUAAUUACCUUGCCUUUCUGUGGACAUUGUACAAGAGUAGAGUUAAUCACACGUGAUUGUUGCACUUAACCCCGGAUCCUGCAAUUUGCAGCAUGUGGACUACUGCUGCGUCUGCACCAAACAGCGAGUGUUUGGGAGGGGCAGCAGCCUGCCCAGCUUUAUUAGCAGGAUGGUCCCAUCCUGUGUUUUAACCACAGUUGCAGGUGGAAUCCAUGGCGGGAUUGGGUCCGUGUCUCUCUCAUAGAUACUGAGUUACAACCUCCGGACUGCCUGAAUUGCUGUGAAAUAGCUCAGGGGAUUUCUGUUCAUCGCUACUAAAAGGGCACCACGAUGUGUUUGGUACUUUGAUGCAGUAAACCACUGCCAGAUGAUUAAAGGAGAACAAACACAUGAAAUGAACCCGUUUAUCCAUUGUACUGUUGAGAAACUCGAUUGUGUAUCUUGAGGAUGAUGAAAAAAAGUUGUGAUUUUUAUCCUUAGUCCUGUAAGAAAUAUUAGAGUGCCUUUUUAUAUUUGCGUAUGAUGGGAAUGUUUUGUGGAAGUUGUCCUUUUUUUCACGUGAGUGUUACAGAAGCAAUACGUCACCUCUAAGUUUUCAUUUCAAACCUCCUUUGAACGUACAGAGUGUUUCUUUUCGUAUGUUCUACCUGCAUUGAAAUGAAGAUCAAUAUGCUACAUUUCUAUAGGAAUAACGCAUACUUUUUGCAGUGCUGAAAAGGCUUUCUUAUUACACAGAGUAAACCUUAGGUCAGUGUUAUAGGAGAGGGCGUUUGAAACCAGUGACAAUCCGAGUGUGUGUGUAAACGUGACUUUAUGCGUUUGUAUGCAGUGACCACAUAUUAAAGCCAAUAUCUCAUGUUUUGUAGGUUCUGUCUCAUAUUCUAUGCUUUAGCAUGUGCAAUAUAUCUUUACAACCCACGGUGAUACGAAUCUGGUGCCAGUGUUAUAUUUUGCAUAACGUUUGUAAUAAACGAUAUGAGAUGUUGUUGCAUCGUUUCGGUGGGGUUUUGUCGGUAUUGUUUCCUUUUGUAAAUGGCGGCCCUCGGCUCGGCGUCCCGUAUCCCCGAGGCAGGAUUGAGGGCUUCAGACCGCCCCUUCUCAAGCACAGUUUGUUAACUUCUUUCAACUACUGAAUGCUGUAUUAAUGUAACGAGAAACCCCACCUGUAAACUACUCUUGAUAUGCAUUCAGAUGGUUAUUUUUACAAAUAAAAAUGGUACAAAUACUGUUGGAAAAA